CCCGCUGUCAAGCUUGAUGACUCGGUGCCCGCUGUUCUGCCAGAUGACUCGGUGCCCGCUGUUCUGCCAGAUGACUCGGUGCCCGCUGUCGUGCCAGAUGGCUCGGUGCACGCUGUCGUGCCAGGUGACUCGGUGCCCGCUGUCGUGCCUGAUGCCUCGGUGCCUGCUUCCUCGCCUGAUGGCCCGGUGCCUGCUUCCUCGCCUGAUGGCCCGGUGCCUGCUUCCUCGCCUGAUGGCCCGGUGCCUGCUUCCUCGCCUGAUGGCCCGGUGCCUGCUGCCCUCGCCUGAUGGCCCGGUCCGCCUGCUGCCCAGCCUGAUGUGCCUCCGCCUGCUGCCCAGCCUGACGUGCCUCCGCCUGCUGCCCAGCCUGACGUGCCUCCGCCUGCUGCCCAGCCUGACG